UUCAAACUGUGCGUACUACAUUACUCACGUUGUUAUAUACGAGGAACGAGGGCCAUGUAUAUCAUCGCAUGACUAACGGGAAAUGGUCCAAGAAUGGGUCUUCAGUUCAGAAGAGAUAUAACAUUAACAGAGAUGUUGCUGCUGGUGCUGUUGCUGGCCUGCUGUCAACUCACGCAGGCACAGUUCCAGAACAAGGCCUAUUUUAACUCAUCCGCAUAUGUGGAAUCAACAAACACAUUUGACGUGCACAAAAGGACUACUUUUCAAUUUCGGACUUGUUCCGAAGGGCAACUUUUAUCCGACCACGGAGCAAACGGGGACUCCAUAGAAUUUUAUGUAAACACAAAUGGAUCUUUACUUUUAAAAUGGAAUGCUUCCCAAGAUUCUGUGUCAAAUAUUUUAACAAUCGGUCAAGAUCUGAAUAAUAACAAUUGGUAUAAGCUCAGCCUAAAAUACCAGGUGGGCAACGUCACAUUAACAAUCGAGCAGGGCUCGAAUAAAAGAUAUGAACGCCUUAUAGCCAAUAGUACAUAUAACAGUGAUUUUAAAAAUUUGAAUUUUACUGGAGGAAGUCCACUGACGAUAGGAAGAGGCUAUCUGGGCUGUAUUGAAGGUGCUCUCACGGUGGAAUUGGACAAGAAUAUAGCGGGUCACGCCAAUGUAGACUGGGGCAACUGUCCACUGGAGUCACAGCCUUGUAGUGACUUUGACAUCAACGACUGCUGGAGUCAGCCGUGCCAAAAUGCAGGAGUCUGUCAGGACGGAUUCAAGAACUACACCUGUGUCUGCCCCCCUCCGUACAGUGGGAGAAACUGUGAGACAGACCUAGGUGCCAGUGGCUGCCAGACGGGGCUGUGUAAGAAUGGUGCAACUUGUGUGGAUGUUACUGGUCAGACCAGGCUGUAUGAAUGCCGCUGUGUUCCAGGCUACACGGGUACCCACUGUGAGAAUGAAGUGAAGGAGUGCGAUUCCCAGCCGUGUAAAAAUGGCGGCCAGUGUACGGACCAGAUCAACAGCUUUGUCUGUAACUGCACAGGGACAGGAUACACUGGUGUUGACUGUACUGAUGACAUGGACGAGUGUUCCGCCUCUCCGUGUCAAAAUGGCGCCACCUGUCAGAACAACCAGGGGACAUACUCCUGCAUAUGUUCACCAGGUUAUGAUGGCAAUAAUUGUGAGAGGGAAGUCGACGAGUGUGCCUCAUCCCCCUGUCUAAACGGUGCCACAUGUAAUGACGGCCUUAACACGUACACAUGCACAUGUGCGGCGGGGUUCAGUGGAGAGAACUGCCAGACAAAUCUUGAUGACUGCGUGGGUGUUGUGUGUCCCGGAGAUAACGUGAUAUGUGUAGAUUAUGUACUGAACUACAAGUGUGAAUGCGCCCCGGGGUUCACGGGUACCUAUGUCUGUAACUGCACUGGCACUGGCUUCAAUGGCACCCACUGCGAGCUGAAUAUAGACGAGUGCGCCGUGUACCAUCCCUGUCAGAAUGGAGCCACAUGCACAGACGGGAUUAACGACUACAACUGUACAUGCUGGGAAGGUUACCAGGGCAAGAACUGUGAGAUCGACAUCAACGAGUGCGAGUCCAACCCGUGUCGUUAUAACAGCACGUGUCUCGAGCGCUCUGACCUCUCCCUGUACCAGCAGGGCUACCUGAACUUCAACAACUUUAACUUCUCCACUGCGGCUGGUUAUGUGUGCGAGUGUGUUCCGGGGUCCACAGGUGUGAAUUGUGAAGUGAACAUUGAUGAAUGUAAUUCCAACCCGUGUGUGCAUGGCACUUGUAACGACAUAUUGAAUGGCUACACAUGUGCAUGUGAGGCAGGCUGGACUGGCACGCACUGUGAGACAGAAAUUAACGAGUGCGACGAGUACCAGCCAUGUAAAAAUGGGGCCACGUGCACGGACAAACUGGCAGACUACACGUGUCAGUGUGCAGGACCUGUACAGGGGACGGAAUAUGGCGGAAAGAACUGCACAGUACAGCUGAUUGGUUGUGCAAAUAACGCCUGUCAAAAUGGCGCCACCUGCCGGCCAUAUUUGGUGACUGAAACUCCUGCUGUGCAUAACUACACUUGCUCAUGUCCGUCAGGGUUCACGGGGUUUUAUUGUGAAGUUCCCACGUCAGCCUCUUUCAAUGGCACCUCCUACAUGGUGCUUAAUUCGACACAAAACUGGUCGAAUUUCACCCUGGUGCUGUGGCUGCGUACCACACUGCUCAGCGGCGUCCUGAUGUACCAUCAGUUACCGUCUGGCGACAGCAUGCUCCUGACACUAGCGGGACACAACUUACAGUUCACCUUUAACCAGGUAACAGGCAAUCCUGUCCGCUUUGCAUCGGAGAAUCAACGAUUAAAAGACGGAGAGUGGCACCAGAUCGAACUGGCGGUGAAUUCAGCGGGGAGCACAAAGCUUCAUAUCUAUGGAAAUCAUUGCCCAGGUGGCGUGUGUACUUAUCAAGACAAUAUCAAUGUAAGUUCCCCCCUCACCUUCGGCACAACCUAUAUUGGUAGUAAAGUGAUGGCAGGGGCAAUUGACCAAUCAGAAGUCACAUUCAUUGGUUGCACCAGAGAUAUUGUGUUGAACGGGCAGCUGGUUGUUCCUCAAGAUGUGCCGAAUUCUUUGGUGGGAGUUUACCCAGGAUGCAACAGGGAGGUCCAGUGUGUUCCCGACCCGUGUAGCGGCAAGGGUGUAUGUACUGACCUCUGGUGGCAGUAUAAAUGUCGCUGCCUUAGGAAGUAUACUGGACCCCAGUGUAACCAGACCUUCCCAGCUGCCACUUUCAGUCAAGGUUCAUCGUCAAGUCUGGCACAGUUUACUAUUCCAGCUAGAGACAAAAAUCUCCUUCAGUAUGUCAAUGUCAUCAGCAUGUUUAUACGCACACGCCAACCUGAUGGCUUUAUUUUCUACCUGGGCGGUGUCAAUACUAAUAGCCCAGGUGACAAAGCCUUCAUAUCUGCAGAGUUGAAAGGCACAAGUCUGCAUGUCAUUCUCAAUCUGUUCAACACCACAGAGCAAGGAUAUAAAAGAUAUGAAGACAACCUGGGCAGCAAUUUGAAUGAUGGUUCACAACAUUUGAUCGAAGUUGAUAAAAACCGUGACAAAUUAGAAAUCCGUAUCGAUUCGGUCAGGUUAUCAGGAAAGACCAUGACAGCCACCUUGCUGAAUCCAGCAAAGAUGUACGUUGGUGGGUUGCCCGGUUUGGGCUCCUCCUCCAGUGGGCGUCGCAGGCGACAAACACUUGUUGAGUAUAACCCUGACUCUGCUACCGUCCAGGAACCUUUCAAGGGUACAAUCCAGGAUGCUCGGCUCAAUGACAAACUGCUGCUGUUUUACAACGUUUCCGUUCCCGACGAUUUCCAAUUGAACGAGUCGUACCCGGUGACCCUGGAUGGUGUGGUGGAAGGGGAGCAGACGGACGAUCUCUGCGCCACUGGAAAUCUUUGUGAAAAUAACGGCACAUGUAAUAAUGUGUUCUUUAACGAUUUUAUCUGUGACUGCCCCAAGGGUUACAAGGGUAAGAACUGCAGUGCCUUGGAUUUCUGCAUGUAUUCCAAGUGCCCAGAGGACUCUACCUGCAGGGACCUGGCUGAUGGUUAUGAAUGUAUAACAGAGGCCACAUUCAAUGGAAUGGACAGUCUCCUCCGCUACAACAACACCAUCAACUCGACCACCACCUUUAACCAAAUGAGCCUCAAAUUCCGCACAAGAAAAGAGAAUGCUAUCAUCUUCCAUGCUCGUAGCAAUGCAGCUGCGUCAAGGUUCCUCACCAUCGAAGUCUCCGAACGUAAACUGAAUCUGAAGUACAACCUCGGUGAAAGUUCUGAGCUGCCGACAAACUGGGCGGUCACUGAUGGUCAGUACCACAACGUGUCCAUAGUGGUCAAUGACACCCACCUGACUCUCGCUAUGGACCAGGGUCAGGACGAGAAGUCCAAGUCCAAGCCCCAGCCCGUCCAAGCGGUCACUCUGGCUCAGGUGAUCAGAGGCAGUGACAUGGUAUUCCUGGGUGGCAUUGACGACACCACUGUCGCCAUAUCACCAAAUACAAACACACAGUCUGCGUUGAGCAAAUUCAAAGGGUGCAUGGAUGAGGUCCGACUUGGGCGCUACCUGCUCCCGUUCUUCUUCAACUCCGCACUGGUUAAUGACAGCAGCUUGGAGAAGUUCCAGGUAAUGACCAAGGCCAGCAUAGUCACCCCCUGCACCCCAGACCCCGUCUGUGCUCCUAGCCCGUGUAAGAACGGAGCCACCUGCGUAGACAUCUUCAACGACUUCACCUGUCAGUGUCCCCUGGGUUUCAAUGGAAGGCUAUGUGAGAACAACAUCGAUGAUUGCCCAGGUAACGAGUGCCAGAAUGGAGCUACCUGUGUGGAUGGCAUUGCUAACUACACCUGUACCUGUCAGGCCGGGUACACUGAUGCCAGGUGUCAGACAGAUAUUGACGAGUGUGCCUCUAGUCCCUGCCAGAAUAACGCCACUUGUAUUGAUAAAGUGAACGCUUUUGAAUGCAACUGUACUGCUAAUUUCACUGGACCCGUAUGUGAAACACAUAUCAGUGACACCUGUGCUUCUGAGCCGUGUGAAAAUAAUGCAACGUGUGUGGAUAUCAACCGCAAUGAGACGGAGCCAGGACAGCCUCUAUUUAAGUGCAACUGUGUUCGACCUUUUGAGGGCCAACUCUGUGAGAAGAUGAUCAACUACUGCGAGGACCAGCCCUGUCAAAAUAGAGGGACCUGUAUAAACGAUUACACGCUAUUUACCUACCAGUGUAACUGCUCUAAAGGCUACUCAGGUAGGAACUGUACUGUGAACAGGGAUGACUGUCCAGCUAACGCCUGCAGUGGACAUGGUCAGUGUGUGGAUGGCCUGGACACGUAUACUUGUAAUUGUAAUCCAGGCUGGGCAGAGUGGAACUGUUCUAGGGACAUAGACGAGUGUACGGAGAUAAACCCCUGUGUCCACGGCACCUGUACCAAUGCUCCAGCAGGAAGUUAUACUUGUAGCUGUGACAAAGGAUAUCAAGGUAAAAAUUGCUCUGAAGAUGUCAAUGAAUGUGAAACAGAACGGCCUUGUAAAAAUGGCGCCAUUUGCUACAACCUGGUCGGCAGCUAUUUCUGCAACUGUUCCACCUUGCUGGGGUAUUCUGGGAAGGAUUGCGAGAUUGCAAACUGCUCGUUCAGCCAGUGCCAAAAUGGCGCUACGUGUGAAGUGUUCGAUAACUCGACCACUCAGGCCCAGCAGUGGCUAUGUGUUUGUCCUGAGUUUUACGCUGGUUCACAGUGUGAUGUAAAGCAUCCCUGUGCAGACAACCCUUGUCAGAACGCAGCCACAUGUAGUGAUGAUGACCCAGCAAGAUACCAGUGUAUUUGUGGUCCAGGUUGGGAAGGCGAUACUUGUGCAGACGACAUAGAUGAGUGUGCCAUUGGGCGCUGCCAAAACAACGCCUCCUGCACAAAUUCGCAGGGUGGCUACGCGUGCGCAUGCAUUCUAGGCUUUACUGGCACAAACUGCGAGACUAACAUUGACGACUGUGCUGGCGACCCCUGUGUGCAUGGCAACUGUAGCGAUCUUGUUAACGAGUAUUCCUGUCAGUGUGAGGAGGGUUGGCAGGGUGUCAACUGCAGUGAAGACAUAAAUGAAUGUCUGAAGACACCUUGUCAAAAUGGUGCGACCUGCAACAACUUGCUUGGCUCCUACAACUGCACCUGCACUGCUCAGUUCCUGGGUCCUAACUGUGAGUACGAGGACCCGUGUAAGCCAGGCGUGUGUUCUAAUGGUGGGUCGUGUCUGGCCUACAGAGAGCAGGAGGGCAUGUACAGCGCCGAAUGCACCUGUCUUGACGGUUACGCUGGAGUCAGGUGUGAGACGAUGAGAUCAACCCAGGAUACCCCCCUGGCUGUCAUCAUAGGCCCUGUGGUGGGGGGUGUGGUCCUGUUGAUUGUCAUUGCUGUAAUAAUCUUCUUAGUGAUGGCCCGCAGCAAGAGAGCCACGCGAGGCACGUACAGCCCCAGUCGCCAGGAGAUGCAAGGAUCUCGUGUCGAACUUGGCAAUGUACUGAAACCCCCUCCAGAGGAAAGGUUGAUUUAAACUUUCUCCAGCUGUGUGAUUAAGGUUAAUAUGCCACAAAAAAAGCAGUGUGUGGUAUGAAGAGAUAGAUUUUUCUCAAAAAUGACAUCUAUUUAAGGGAAAACCAGAAACAUUUUGAAAAAAAAUGGGCACUGGUUAAAGUGUCUUUACCAAGCACGAUAAAAACAGCUGUCUGAACCAGUGAAAUUGUAUUAAGAAAAUAAUUUCCCCAAAGGUUUUUUUUACUGUAAUGAGAACCUACAGGAAGCCAAAAUCAUGAAAUAUCUUCACAUCAAGUCUGCAUGUGAGGUCUAUCAUGUUUCUUAUACAGGGAAAUAUAGUCUUGGUAUCUUUGGGGACAAAAUAAAUAAAAAUAAGGCAUUUUAAUAAGAAAAUAUAGGUAAUGAUAGAUAGUGGCUGAGAUGAUAUAUUAUAGCCAAGAAAGUGAGAAACUGUUUUUAUUAAAGAAAUGUGAUAAAAUGCCUUGGAAUAUGAACAUUAAAUAACUUAGUGACAUCAAAUGUGACAAGUCAUAUCAAAAUGUCCAAACAGAUCUCAGAUAACAUGGAAGGUUGUGAUGCUAUGCCUGGUUUUCCCUCCAACCUGUCACCCCUAAGAUGUUCAGUGGGUUGCUCCAUCCAUGUUAUUGAAUGCACAAGAUGUGUCCAUUAAAACAGAAAUCAGGGGUGUAAGACGUCUCAAAUGGAAUAUUUAUUUUUUCAAGUUUUUGUAUUGGGAUAAGAUAUCCAUUGCCUUGAAUGAGAAAAUAAUGAUUUAUUUUUAUUCUCAGUGAGAUUCAAGUAGAAUAGAUUUGGGAACAAAGUUCACUUAAGGGUUGCUAGUUAGACUGACUGGCAAGUGUUAGAAUUGAUAGUAUUGCCAUUCACACAGAGAACUUGCACCAAAAAUUGAGUGGCACACAUGGUGACACGUCCACCAGAAUGGCUUGGCUUGCAUGGUGACACAUCCACCAAAAUGGCUUGGCUUACAUGGUGACACAUCCACCAGAAUGGCCUGGCUUACAUUAUGACAUGUCCACCAGAAUUGCUUGGCUUACAUGGUGACAUGUCCACCAGAAUGGCUUGGCUUACGUGGUGAAGUGACCAACAGAAAACAUUGUUUCCAUUGAAUUUUAAUCUUAUUUAUGAAGCAAGUUUGCCACUACUGCUGUUCAUAGAGGCUUUUUAAGGUUUUGGUCCAAAAUAUUUAGUGCCUAAAGUGACAUAUUUGUCUUUUUUAUUAAAAAAAAGGAAAUUAGGGUCUAACGUUCAGGGAUAUAAUCAAAACAGUGUCUUUUUUCAUGUACUUUAAAGAUGGUGUGUGAAUUUACCUAUCAAACUAAUCUAUCUAGAAGAUUUAAACGAAUAUCAGAAAUUAGCAUAAUUUGUAGUUAAUUUUCAAGGUAUCGUUUUAUUAGCAGUAUACAUUUUAUGUGUUUAUGUAAGAAAAUCAUCCACAUUAUGCUAAUAUGCAAGGUCUUCACUUGUAUUUAAGAUUUUGCAAUAUCAUUGCAGGCAUUUAGUCUCUCACAGGUAUCAGAUAUUAGGAGAAAACAGUGUUUUAUGAAAGUAAUUCAGUUUUGGGUUGCGGAGGAAGUGGUGUGAUUUUUCAGUCCUCCAAACGAAGAUAUUGUUAAAUUGUGUAAUAAGUAAAAGAGAUCUUGAGCGAAAGUUAAGGAUGAAGAGGACCAAUAGAUAGGAUAUUUUGUAUGUAAGUCUUUGCAUUUAAUUCUGUCCAGUUUUAUUUGCAUGAUCAGUUAGCAAAACUGCUUAAUUAAAGAAGCAUUAUGAAGGAAAGGAACUUAUAAGAUAAGAUAGGUUCUAUUCCCACAAAAAAAAACAGUUCAUUUACAUGAAGUGUAUCUUUUAUCUUUUAACCAUUGUACAUAUGUAAACUGAUGUAGAUAGACAUAUAGAAAUGUAUUUAUCAAAAUCACAUCUAUAUUUAUUAUUAUACACAUGUUAGAUAUUUAACUGUAUUUCUAUACUGUUCCCAGUAAUUGUAUAUCAUUAACUACUAAAAAAAGUUCACAAUUAUACAGACCCCAGAGCUCAGCAGGCAAAUGUGAGGAAAUUCUAUAAACAACCUUAAUUUUAAGAUAAACAAAAUGUUCUUGGGAUGACCAGUUAUUUUUCUAAUGGGAAUGUAUUUGGUGGAACUGGCAAUCACAAGUCAGAAAUGAACACCCGGUAGUAGUUCAUUAUCGAGAUGCAAUUCUAGUCAAAAGCCUUGCUGGAUGAUUCGCCAUUGAAAACAUUACAUUAAACACAAGUACAUUAAAAAUGCUGUUUCUAGAUUACAUGUUGCCCAGAAAAUUCCUGCCAAUAUAUGUAUGCAACAUUUGUAUUCUAGUGAUAGAAGUACAACUUUACACUUGCAAUAAUUGUCCAUUUUCUCAUAGAAGUAUUAUACAAGGACCAGUUUGUUCAAAUCUUAGUGAAUUGUAUAAAAUGUUACAGAUAUUUUCACAUGGAAAUGUAUUGACAGCAUUGUGAUCCAUAGCUAUUUUGAUAUAUUGUUAUCUCUGAGUAAAGCACAGAGAUAGAAUUCUCCAGAUAAUAUAUAUAGCCAUUUUACUGAUCAAUUUAAUAUGACAUUUCAAAGUAUGUGCUUCUUAACUGUCCAGUUUGUUGUGUCCACCUUUAAGUACUUUGUAUGUAGAGUAACCCAUCAACUACUGGGUUAAACCCUGGGAUCACACAGUUUA